AGUUUUGGAGGCAUGGCAAAUGUACUCGUAGGACAGCCAUUGGACACAAUCAAGGUUCGGUUGCAGUUGGACAAUGGACGAUUCAAGGGUGCAUGGGAUUGUACGGUCCAGACUAUCAAGAAUGAAGGAUUUCUUGCACUCUACAAAGGAAUGGCUAGUCCGUUGUUUGGUAUUGGUGCAGUAAAUGCACUGUUGUUUGCAGCAAACUCUUCUAUCAAGAAAAAUAUGCAAGAGUAUCCAGGACAAGUAUUGUCGAUUGGUCAGAUUGCUAUUGCCGGUGCUGGUGCUGGUGUUGUAAAUAGUGUGUUAGCUUCUCCGGUAGAACUGCUGAAGAUCAAGAUGCAGGCCCAGUUUGGAUCCAAGGCAAUUGGAAAAGAGAGAUACUUUAGUGGACCUAUUGAUUGUGCAAAGUAUCUUGUGCAGCAGCAUGGUGUUGCCAAUGGCUUGUUCCGUGGUAUGUGGGCCACUGUGCUGCGUGAGAUUCCAGCCUAUGCUGGGUUCUAUGCUGGAUUUGAAGCCACGAAGCGUCAGUUGGUUAAAGACCAGGACGAACAUGCUAAUAUUAUGCAGCUCAUGGCGGCUGGUGCAGUUGGCGGUAUCGGAUACUGGGUUUGCUGUUACCCCUUGGAUGUUAUCAAAUCAGUUGUACAAAAUCAAGCCUUGCCACCUACUGGAUUCUAUGUUACGCGGGUUAUGAAGCAAAUUGUGGCUAGAGAUGGCAUCAGUGGUUUAUUCCGUGGUAUUGCACCCACUAUUCUCAGAAGUAUUCCUGCUGCCGGUGCCACCUUUACUGCAUACGAGUUGACCAUUAGAGCUUUUCAGUCUGAUGGCCUGAAAUGGCGUAAAGAAGUCGGAGUUCAGCUGUCAGAAUAG